CUUUAGUGAAAGUCAAGCCGCGAAAACAUUCGUCUUCUAAUUUAACCAUGAGAUUAUGUAAUAUUAAUGGAAUAUCUUCGAAAUCUGAUGAAGUAAAAAUAUUUUGUUCAGGAAAUGAUUUAAUAGGACUGACUGAAACUAAGGACAGGCCUGGACUGCCAGACAAGAUGUUUCGAGAUGGUAGGUCUUUUAACGUUUUUCGUCGCGCACGUGUCGGUAGAGCAGGCGGAGGAGUUGCGUUAGUAGUUAAAAAGCACCUCGCUGGUAAAAGACGAUCUGACCUUGAAAGAGCUGAAUUUGAAUUUGUUGCUGUCGAAGUUAGCGCUGUUAAUAUUAUUGUCGGUGUGUUCUGUGGCGCCCCCGACGAGAUUUCAGAAGUUUUACCGAAGUUUCUAAAACAUCUUAGCAAAAUUUUAACUGAAAAUGAUUCACAACGGUUUUUACUAAUGGGUGAUUUUAACUGCCCUAAAAUAAAUUGGCAUUCUUUAAAAUCGAAUGUUGCGUACGAGCAAUGUUUAUUGAAAUUUUUAAAAGAGUUCAACCUAAAACAAAUAGUUUUGCUCCCAACGCGGAAAAGCAACACUCUCGACCUGAUAAUCGUACCUACUAAAUGGUACAUUAAUUCAGUUAACGUAGUCAGCCCACCAGCAAGUACGAAUGACCACGACGGACUAUCUGUCGUUCUUUGCCUUCCAAAAAUUAAAUCAAUCGAACCCCAGAAAAUUGUAUGGAAGUUUCUACCCGAAAACAUCAUGCCCUUUCGAAGUGCUCUUUUUGAAGUAGAUUGGAAAGUCAUUUUAAGGGAUAAAAAGUGUUCUGAAAUGACCCUUUUAAUUGAAAAUGAAAUAAUCAGUAAAGCUCUCCAGUUUUUUAACAAAGUAAGGCUAAAGCCAAAACGAUUUUCAUGUUCUUUCCCUCUUUCGCUAAAGCGCGCUAUCAGAAGGCGUGAUACCGCGCACAGGCGCUAUGUAAGAGCUACGAAUGAAGACUGUAAGAACAGAUUAAGAGGGGUCUGGAAAACCUACUCAAAAACCUGCGACUUGUCGAUACGAAAUUUUAUGAAUCGUAAGCUACAGGAUAUCGCAACAGCCUCCCGACAAAACCCAAAAAAGUUCUGGUCGUAUGUACGUAAAAGUGUUGACAAGCAGGGUAUGCCGAUUCUGCGAUGUGGUGAUCAGAUUGCAAGCACCGACGAAGAGAAAGCUGAAGCGCUAAAUACCCAUUAUUCGAGUGCACUUAUUUCGUGUAUGUCACAUUGUUCAGAUAGCGUAGUGACAUGUAAGACACCCGUCAGUGUGGAAAACUUUGUUAACGAAACAGACAUCUGGGAAGCCUUAAAAUUGGUUGAUAUUUCAAAAAGCAUUGGGCCGUUUGAGUUUAGCAACGAGCUAAUUAAAAUUUGUGGUUCUGCUUUAAUAGCACCGUUAAAAAUUUUAUUUAACUGUUGUCUUUCUGAUCGCAAAUUCCAGAGACUUGGAAAAUAUCAUAUAUUACGCCGGUGCCAAAGCAGUCGUGUGACCUUACGAUUCCUAAAAGUUGGCGACCGGUAGGACACGUCAGGUAACAACCUUGGAUUUGCACCCUUACGCAGUGGAACCCGUGGGAACCCGAGCUGCCGACGGACGGAUCUUCCUCAGUGAACGAAGCUUUGUUUUCCUCAUGGCCCGUUUAUGGAAUGAAAUUAAGCUUCCCAAGGAGUCGUACGAUUCUAUCCGACGAUUCGCGUCGUGUCUGGACUCCGUAAAAUGGAUGGAUUUAAAGUGGACCGAUUGUUUUAUUCAUAAAGAUCUCAGAUCUUUACUCUGACACUUACUGCCGGAUAUUUAUUUAAUCAUUGGUUUCUUUUUGUUUGUGUUUUUAUGAGCUGCUACUGCGGCAGCACAUU